GUGGAGGCUCUUUUGUCUGGUCCGUUCCCUCACCUUAACUCUCGCCAGCCUGAGACCCGGCCUGGAAAGAUGAGAGAGAGAGAGAGAGGGAAAAAAUGACAUUUUGAGCAACGUUUAUUGGUUCUGAGCAGCCCUCGUGACACGAACUCGCGUGCCGAUUGGUUCCUUGGAGGAGGGCCGCGUUUCACGUCGUCAGUAGGCCGGGUCGUUUGGCUUGCUGAGGGAGGGAGGAAAGAGAUUUUUUGGGUGUGGGAGGAGGAGAGCUCGGGCGCUCAUGCGGAGGCCAGGCGGCGGGAUAGGGUGCUCUAUGCCGGGACUUUGCUAUGGCAAAUAGGCCUUCUAUGACUUUUUUCCUUUUACUUUCCAAAUACUUACUUUGUGAACCUCGCCACCAUGUGGAACCAGCCACUGUUUCGCAAACUGCAGAAACACUCAUUCUUGAGAAGUCAGCCGGUAUCAAUGUUGAUUUGGCCACAGUUAUACAGAGACAUCAUCUUCAGGAACUUUUCUCUCGUUAUGGCGAGAAGAAUAUGUUGACUGUUGAAGGAUUCAGAAAACUGCUACGGAAUAUGGGCAUUGAGAAGAUUGAAAGAAUCUCCCUAGACCAUGAGCACCAUCACCAUCACCAUAAUCACAUUACCCCAAGUACAAACUUGGACAAAACAGGUUGUCCUUCUGAUGAAUCUAGUGAUGGGAAGAAAGAUCUUUGGAAUAAUCAGGCAAAGGAUUUGCCUAAUAUAGGGCACACUGGGCAUCAGUCGGGGCCUGUGAAUAGCAAGAGCACCACAGUAGCUAUGACUGCCUCCACCUACACAAUGGCCACAGAGGGUAACCCUCUGCUGCAGCAUACAGAGACUACAGAAUUGAAGUCCACACAUGGAGGCUUUGCCAGCCCCAAUCCCAGUAUUGUGCUCGAAAACAGCAAUGGGAGUUCGCUUGUAAAUGGGAAAGCAAAUGAAUCGCUCAUGUUCCCAAAGGACUCUGAAAGAGGAAGUUACAUGUAUUCUAAAAUAAGAAAGCAAGUUACACAAGAGUGCUUUAAUGCAUCAAAACUUAUGGUUUCUCAUGGAAUAAGUACACACGCUCUGUUGACAGUCACACAAUUCAGUUAUCUUUGUCCAGCUAUCGUUAACCAGAUUGAUGGCAGAUACUGUUUACUUCAUGCAACAACUGAAAAGGCAGAAACUCCUCCAAAAACAUACUCCUUGCAAGUCGCUUGGAUUGGUGGAUUUAUAUCCAUUUCCAUCAUCAGUUUUCUUUCAUUACUGGGAGUAAUACUGGUGCCUCUUAUGAACCGUGUAUUCUUCAAAUUCUUGUUAAGUUUCCUUGUUGCAUUAGCAGUUGGCACCCUAAGUGGAGAUGCUCUUCUCCAUCUCCUUCCACAUUCUCAUGGAAGACAUUAUCAUCAUCAUGAGAAACCAGUGGUGGAACACAGUAAAAAUCCUCCUUUUAAGGACCUUGUUUUUCAAAGUUCAGAAGAAAGCGCAUAUUUGGAUUCUACGUGGAAGGGCCUUACAGCACUUGGAGGACUAUAUUUUAUGUUUCUCGUUGAGCACUUGAUCACUUUAAUCAAGCAGUUUAAAGGCAAGAAAAAAAAGAAAAAGAAUGAAGAUGAAGCUGAAAUCAAGAAGCAGCUGUCUAAUUAUGACUCUCAACUUUCAGCCAAUGAAGAAAAAAUAGAUGCAGAUGACAGGCCUGAAGCUUACCUGGAAGCACAUUCACCAGACCCAUCAAAUUUCAUCUCUCAAAAGCCAGUAGCUCAAGAAGAAGAAGAAGUAAUGAUAGCUCAUUCCCACCAAGAAGCUACAGAUAAUGAAUAUCCAUCCAGAGGGUGUCGAAACAAAUGCCAUUCACAUUUACAUGAUACUCUAGGACAGUCAGAUCAUCUGAGCCAUCAUCACCAUGACUACCACCAUAUUUUACAUCAUCAUCACCAUCAGAACCACCACCCACAUAGCCAUAGCCAGCGUUACUCACGUGAAGAACUGAAAGAUGCUGGUAUUGCUACUCUGGCCUGGAUGGUAAUCAUGGGUGAUGGACUACACAACUUCAGUGAUGGCCUUGCAAUCGGGGCUGCUUUUACUGAAGGUUUAUCUAGUGGCUUAAGCACUUCUGUUGCAGUCUUUUGCCAUGAGUUGCCACAUGAAUUGGGAGAUUUUGCUGUGCUUCUGAAAGCUGGCAUGACAGUCAAACAAGCCGUUCUUUAUAAUGCCCUCUCAGCCAUGCUGGCAUACCUUGGAAUGGCUACUGGGAUACUCAUUGGCCACUAUGCUGACAAUGUUUCCAUGUGGAUCUUUGCGCUUACUGCUGGGCUGUUCAUGUACGUGGCUCUUGUCGAUAUGGUGCCUGAAAUGCUCCACAAUGAUGCUAGUGAUCAUGGAUGUAGCCGCUGGGGAUAUUUCCUGUUACAGAAUGCUGGAAUUCUGUUAGGUUUUGGCAUCAUGCUACUUAUCUCCGUGUUUGAACAUAAAAUUGUGUUUAGCAUAAACUUAUAGGGAUGGACCUAGAUGAAAACCUGCAGAGUUCUGUUUAAGUGGAAGAAGACUAUUUGUGCCUUUUCCUCUUUCCCCUGCAGCCCUUUAUGGCCUUCAAAAUCUGCUCCAAAGGGUGGAUGACCUUCCAGAAAAGCAUAAAUAGUAUGGGUGGCCGAGGGGCUGCAUGGAGAAGAGAAGUGGCGUAAAUUGCUGCCUUAGUUUCCUCUAGUAGGAAUCCUCCAGGAGCCACUUCCAUGAACAGAAGAAGCCUUUUCAUUCAUGAGAAUGAUGCUCUGGAUCCAACUCAUAAUGCUUUCUUCACUUUCCUGAUGUUGGCAUUGUAUUGGUACUGUAACAAUAGGCACUUCUUUUCCCUGCUUUCCUCAUUUAAUUGCCUACUGACUAGAAAUGUAGAUUUGGCUCUUUUUUUAAUGUGAACUUCUUGUAUACAUGGCAGAGUACUGUAUAUAGCACUGUCAGAAAAACUGGCCUAUUAAAUGCCACACUUUACCAAGCACAGUGGAAGUUAUAACACUAAGGGAAGUAGAUUUUAAUUUGCAAAUUGUGUUUUAAAGUUAUUUAAUGUCACAAAUGUAUCUAUAGCAUGCGUUGUCAAGUUCUGUCUUGUAUACCGUCAGCUGGUACAAAUGUGAACUAAUCUUGCUUUUACUAUUCUAGAUGUAGAAAUACCUAACAUUGUCACUUUCAUUCUCACUGUUCUCUAAAAGAAAAGCAUAGUGCUCUGAACAUCUGUAAUCACUUGUGGCUGCAAUCCAAUUUUUUCAGUGAAGAUACUUAAUAUUGAGAUUAUCAUUUUUUGAAAAAGCUUCUUGAUCAAUCCUUUAUUAAAGGUUUACCAAAAAGUUCAAUAUAAUAAAGUAAAAACUCCCAUUGGCUACAAAAUCAACAGUGAACAAGCACUGGUGAUUCUUUGUUGUAAUUUGAUAAUGUUUUCAAUAAGCUGCACAAUGGAUUGAGAUGGAAGUGUUGGCAGAAAUAUAAAGCCAGUGGGGAAAAAAGCUGAUUUCUAGAGGUGCUAAUACAAUACUGAGAGAGGUGUAAGAAACUUAUGGCACCGGUAGCAGCACAAGGAGUAGGAAUUGCCUGUGGGAAUUCUUGCUGUGUAUUUUGUCUUACAGUUCAGUCUAAAUUUAGUGCUACGUAUGAGUUUUUAGCAGCCAACCAGUAGAGGCUGAAUUGUUGAAUCAGAACAACUUUUUCACACCCCACCUAUGCUAAACAUAGAAACAGUGUGGAAAGAACAUCCUUCACUUCCUAAGGAACUAAAUUAUUGCAUGCUUGGUAAGCUGCAUAUUACAGAACUGCCAAACUUCUAAAGCAAGGGAGAAGAGACAUUUCAGUUUCAUAAAGAAGAGGUGAAACACCAGCCUAAUUCUAUGGUACUGACUUCUCUGAGUAUCUAGUAUAAAUUCCAAAUUUUUGCUUCAAAUUUGUCUUGUUACAAGGUUUUCUGCACAGAAAAAAAAUGUUGCUAGGACUAGCCCCAUUUGAUAGCUCUGCCAGUCCAUCUACAUUGUAUGUUGAUUUUCUCAAAAUGUCAGUGUUCAAACACUAUAAAUUUUACUGCAGUUGUGGAACAGAGCUGUUGAAGAACAGAGACAUUUCUGUCACACAGUAUUGUUUCCUGCCCGCUUUAAGGGUAGAACAAUUAGCCUGACAGCUGCAAAACCCACUACAAGAGAAAUAAUAAUUCCAGUUCUAUAUCCAUCACUGAUACUAUGAUGGCUCCAGUAUGUUUUAUUUUGGAGGGUGGGCGAGCAUGUAGGUUAGAGCUAUUGGGCAGUGGGUGCCAUGACAGUAUCUGGCUAGACCUGCCUUCAUGCUAGUCCUAAAUAAUCUGACCUCUGAAAAGCCUUUGUUGGGCAAAAGACAUUUUUGCUAUUCUUAUUGCACAAAUAAGAUUGGAAAUAUACGUUUGGAGUAAAAAAAUCUACCAAAUUCAAAUAUGUCGGCCUAGAUCCAAUUGGCUCUCUCAACUAGAGUAAACCUACUGAAUCAGCUGCAGAAUGAUGGGCCAACACUUAACCAACUAAUUUAUUUAGUAAGUCUAACUUAAGAGUAGCAGCUGGAUGUAGGCCAGGGUUUCCAGGUUCAAGUCCAAUGCCAUCUAUUGUACUAAACUGGAUACCAUCUGCAAAUAUCAGAGGAUCAAAGUCUUUCUGAAUAUCUGUAGAUAUAAGGUUUACACUUAUUUUAUAAGGUGAAUGCUUGUUAAAAUCUGAGAAAAGAGGUAGUGUUCUAACUAUAAUAGGAAGUCUUAUAGAAGAAUUCUGUCUGUAAUUGAAAUGAAAUACAGUGACUCGUUUUGGAAUUAAAUGUGCAUUCUGUGCUUUGCCUGA